AUGUGCUGGGCAAACGGGAGUCAAGGGCAAACAAACAAAAAUGGGAAAGGAGAUGUUAAAAUUAAAGAUGGAGAGAUUGCCUCGUCUGCAACUACGACGUCAAAAAUCCCGGAACGUCAACGUUCACUAAGACAAGAAAGGAAAAGGAAUGCUUUGGGUAAAGAAAGAGACAUCUCCACGGGUGUGAGCAAAAUCCAUAAUAAAGGAAAGGACAUCAUGCGAGAAGACACAGGUAUGGGAAAAGGCAUACUGGGUUCAGGCCCAGCUCAGUUAAUUCGUGUGGUCAGCGACUCUCGGCCCAAACAGGCUUCAGAUAAGGCCUUCACUUCGGCCCAACCGGCCGCUUCUCCAUCUGAGCGCCCGAAACAGUCAGACCAUGAACCUUCGAUCGUGGGCUCUGGGCCCAUGUCAGAUAAAAGGCCCCUUCCCCUUAGCCAGCCACCGAUCCAACUGGUUGUGGGUCCUAAAGGGACUAAGAUGCACAUCAUGGAUGUCUCCUCAUCGCCAAAAAAGAGUCGGCAACCAGACUCCAGUUUCCCGACGGCUGCGGAACGCACAAAAUCAAACAGAAAUGCUCGGCUCCACCCUAAGAAGGGAUCUACACCGGUGAAGCUUCAGGCCUCCAAAGCUCUUCACAUAUGGUCCCCGUUGAAGGAUAAGAAGAACAAAUCAAGAGCCAGAUUGGCGACCCUUACGCUUCAGAAGAUUAAUGCCUGGACUGGAGCGGCGGCUCAAGCUGAUCGAAGCAUAGAGCAAGGAGUUGCUCGCCCACCCCACCUGGAGCACCUUGCCGUUGUUGAGGACAUGGCCGCUGCCGCCGGGACUCCCCUCUAA